UUACAGCAUACUAAGUAAGUAUUGGUUAUGUUUUGAUUUUUUUUUUUAGGUACAUUGGGAGUAUAUGAAUUAAACGAAUCACAUACAUCAGAGUAUAUAAGUAGUAUGUUUGAGAAUUGUCUGUCAGAAUGGAAUAUUUCACAAAAUCAAAUUAUUGCUGUUGUUACAGAUAACGGGGCAAACAUAAAAAAGGCAGCACAAACUACGUUUGGUGUGGAUAAGUUUAUACCGUGUAUUGCGCACACCAUCAAUUUAAUUGCAGAAAAAUCAAUAGCAGACACAAAUAAUUUGAGUUGCUUACUUCAAAAGGUACGGAGUAUUGUAAAAUUCAUAAAAAAUAGCACUAUUGUCAGUGAUGAGUUAAGAAAAUGUCAAACUAAUGAAGGUAAAAAGAUUUUCAAAAUGUUUACAAUUACCUGAUUAAUUAUUCUUUCUUUUUUUUUAAUAGGAAAAUCAG